UUUUCUGCCCUGUGUUCCCAGGACAGGGUUGGCUUUCUAGGUUUGAUAAAGCAUUUCCUUCCAUUGUCAUUCUAUACGGCCUCUGGGCCCUCCGCUCAGUCCCUCCCCUUUCGCCUUCCCCUCUCUUUCUCUCUCUCUUCCCUUCCUGAACUUUGGUGAAUCUUGAGGUAUAAAGAAAGCAGCUGCCUCCCUUAAGCACCACCUUGAAAAUGCGACCUCCUCUCCAAGGGCUUUAAUUCCUCUGGAUGCAAGGACAAAGCCAGGCUGCUGUGAAGCCCUGCACCUCGCCGCGGGUGCCCCAGGCCGCCCCCAUGGACCUGCGCAUCGGGCAGCGCGUCGUCAAGCCCGGCUCCGACACCGCCUUGCUGGCGCUGAAGCACACGCAGCAGCUGCAGCACCAGCUCUUCCUGGCCAGCCUGCACCAGCAGCAAGUGGAGCAGCUCGCCCAGCAGCACGUGAGGGUGACCAUGGAGUCCCCGCACCGUGAGGCAGAGCCUGGGCAGCAGGAGCAGGAACUGCGGCAGAUCCUCAAUAAGGACAAGAGCAAACGAAGUGCUGUGGCCAGCACAGUGGUGAAGCAGAAGCUGGCUGAGGUCAUCCUGAAGAAGCAGCAGGCGGCUUUGGAGAGGACCAGCAACCCCAACCCUUCAGCCAUGCCAUACAGGCCUCUAGAGCCCCUGGAUCCUGAGGGCCCUUCCCCUCCUGUGCUCAGCACCUUCCUGCCCCCGGUCCCCAGCACUUCUCUUGACCCCCCGGAGCAUUUUCCGCUGCGGAAGACGGCGUCGGAGCCCAACCUGAAGGUGCGGUGCAAGCCCAGGAAGUGCCUCGACCGACGCAAGAACCCUCUGACCCGUAAGGAGAGCGCGCCGCCUUCAUUGAAGAGAAGGCCACCUGAGGCGAUCGACUCCUCCCCGAGCAGCAGCAGCACCCCCGUGUCCGGCUGCAGCUCGCCCAACGACAGCCUCCCCGCCGAGCACGGCGCGCUGCCCGCCGCUGCCGCCGCCGUCGUCCACGAGGGAGAGGCAGAUCGCCGUCCCCUCUCUGGCCUGGCACACCGGGUGCCUGUGCUCAAUGGGCCCGUCCUCGCGGGCACGCAUUCACCCAUGUUCUUACCAACUGGCCUGGAGCAGCAUGAGGCCGGGAGCCCUUUGUCCCCUCGGCUCCAGCCUGUCAUCAUCCUUGAGCCCUCUGUCACCCACGCUCCUCUUGUGGCGGUGCCAGGUCUGGGGACGGUCCCUUUCUCCUUUGCCCCCUCGCUCAUCUCCGCAGAGCGCCUGUCACUGCCAGGCCACCACAAGCCGCUGGGCAGGACCCGCUCAGAGCCCUUGCCCCAGAACCCCAAGGCCAUCCAGCAGCAGCUGGUCUACCAGCAGCAUCACACCCAGUUCCUGGAGAGGAUCAAGCAGCAGACACAUCUGGGCAAGCGCAUGGCCAAGUCCAGCGAGAAGCCCCGGCUGCGACAGAUUCCCUCCUCGGAGGACAUGGAGGCAGAGGGGACCCUCCUGGAGGCUGGGGGUGAGGGCGGUGACCAGGCACGGACACGCACUGAAGCCACACGGUCAGGAGGCAGCGUGAAGGAGCCUGAGAGGACGCAGAAGAUGAUGCAGUCACAGGAGGAGCUUGUUCUCCAACAGGCCUAUCUGUGGGACCCCUACCAGCGCCUGCAGCACCAGCUCCUGAAGCGGCAGCCCCCGGCUGACUCGCCCGUGCUCCCGGCCGUGCACACAGGGCACCGGCCCCUCUCCAGGGCCCAGUCAUCUCCUGCCACCGCGAGUGUCUCCCUUCCUGCCCCGGAUCCAGCCGCCAAGACGCUCUCGCUGCCUGUGCAGGAACAGCCAAGCAAGCCACAUUUCACAACAGGGCUGGUUUACGACUCAGUGAUGCUCAAGCACCAGUGCUCCUGCGGCGAUAACAGCAACCACCCCGAGCACGCGGGCAGGAUCCAGAGCAUCUGGUCCCGUCUGCAGGAGAGGGGGCUGCGCGGCCAGUGCGAGUGUCUGCGGGGACGCAAGGCCACGCUGGAAGAGCUGCAGUGCGUGCACACCGAGCGCCAUGUGUUCCUCUACGGCACCAACCCCCUCAACCGCCUGAAACUGGACAACGGGAAGUUGGCAGGGAUCCUGUCACAGCGGAUGUUUGUCAUGCUGCCCUGCGGAGGCGUUGGGGUGGACAGUGAUACCAUCUGGAAUGAGCUGCAUUCCUCCAAUGCUGCCCGCUGGGCCGCGGGCAGUGUCACGGAGCUGGCCUUCAAGGUGGCCACCAGGGAACUUAAGAACGGCUUUGCGGUGGUGCGGCCCCCUGGACAUCACGCAGAUCCUUCCACUGCCAUGGGAUUCUGCUUCUUCAACUCGGUGGCCAUAGCUGCCAGGCAGCUGCAGCAGAAAGGGAAACUCGGCAAGAUUCUCAUUGUGGACUGGGACGUUCACCACGGCAAUGGGACACAGCAGAUCUUCUACCGAGACCCUGAUGUUCUCUACAUCUCUUUGCAUCGUCAUGAUGAUGGGAACUUCUUCCCUGGCAGCGGAGCUGCUGACGAGGUGGGUGUUGGCCCUGGCGAGGGAUUUAACGUCAAUGUAGCCUGGACUGGAGGUCUCGACCCACCCAUGGGUGACCCCGAGUAUUUGGCAGCUUUCAGGACGGUGGUGAUGCCAAUUGCACAUGAAUUUUCCCCCGAUGUGGUGCUGGUGUCAGCUGGCUUCGACGCAGCUGAUGGCCACCCACCACCGCUGGGUGGCUACAAAGUCUCUGCCAAAUGCUUUGGCUAUAUGACAAAACAGCUGAUGAGUCUGGCUGGAGGAGCCGUGGUCCUCGCGCUAGAAGGUGGCCAUGACCUUACGGCCAUCUGCGAUGCGUCCGAGGCCUGCGUGUCAGCCUUGCUGGGCAACGAGCUGGAUCCUCUCCCAGAAGAAAGCAUGAGGCAGAAGCCAAAUCCCAAUGCUGUGCGCUCCUUGGAAACAGUGAUCCAGGUCCAGAGUAAAUACUGGGUCGCCGUACAGCGCUUUGCCUCCAAGCUGGGCUGCUCCUUCCUGGAGGCGCAGCACCACGAAGCAGAAGAGGUGGAGACUGUCACAGCUUUGGCCUCCCUCUCGGUGGCCGUGAUGGCCGAGAAGAGGACAAAGGAUGAGCCGAUGGAGGAAGAGGAACCCAUGAACCAGUGACGAGCAGUGACGUUCUCUGCUCCCCUGCUUCCAGGAAGUGGCUGGACUCUCCUGAGCCCAGCACUUGCUCUUCACUCCUGGCUUCCCGUUUGGCACAUCAUCCUCACUCCUCGAGCCACAGUCCUCAAAUGGCCUGGGCCUCGGCUCCACCUCUGCAGGUCACCCAGAAAGGAUGCUCCUCUAUCCACCUGGAAGCCAUCCUCCUGUUCGGGACCAGUGGAGAACCGCAACCCCCCUCGGCAUGGCACGGCCUUGCAAACCUAGACCGUGCCUGCCUUCAGUCCCCAACCGUUGGGACCCUAAAGCCCUUUGGGGACGUGUGUGAGAGGCCUCCACCCCUCUGGCUGUGGUGGCAGCUAGAUGCCGAGCUGCCCUUCUCCUGGGAUCUUCCUCACCCUUGGGGAAGGGAGUGGGUGUGGGGAUGGAUGGUGUGGCUGUGCUACGGAUGGUGAGAACCGCCUUCGGGACUGCGCCCAGAGCUCCUCUCCGACCAGCCAAAGAUCCCUCUGAGGACAGCCCUGUGUUUUGCUGCAGAAGGAAAGGCUCUCUGUAUCUCCUCUGGAAGGCUCACCAGCCUUCUCCGAGUGCUCUCCCAUAGGGCAUGAGGUGGGAGCGUGACAGUGACACGGGCCAAGAGGCUCGUUCUGCACAACAAGGGCUUGGAAAGCGAUGGAUGACGCGCAAAUCUCCUUGCAGGGAGGAAAACCAAGGGCUGGAGUGUCUGCAGUGCCCAGGAUUGCACCUAUGGGACGUCCUAACCACUAACCAGAGCAUGAACCCUCUGGUGCUGGGGCUCUGAUUUGCACUAUAUACAUAUGACAUGUGCUAAUGUGAACCUUAACGUACUCUUCUUUCCGUGGGAAUUUUGGGAACAAACACCCCUUUGCGUGGAUAUUAACAAGGUGCCUUGAGCCCUUUCAGCCACCCGCCCAUCCGCUGACCAGGAGGAUCUGGAUCAACGUGAGCCCCAGCUCCCUGGGGCAGCCCCGCUGUCUUCCGAUGAGCCCUCUGCGAGGGUGGCACCCGGUGCCUCCUCUCGCUGCGGCUGCAUGCCCCAAUCCGGCCCCUGUGCCGGGACGGGCUCUUCUCCUUCAACCCUAUUCCAGCUGAGAAGAUCAGCUGGAUCUUCUGAUCUUGCUGAGAAGAUCAAGUCCCAGCAUCUUCUGCUUAGUGUUUCUUCCCCCAGGGAUGCGUAAGGCCCCAGCAAUGCAGUCCUUGUCCCUGUCUCGAUGACCUUAUGGUGACAGAGACAGCGUCAGCCCCCCCAGACGGACGUGUCUAUC